AUGGCAUCUGUUAUAGUAGUGGAUUCUGAAUUAAAGGAUUCUAUUCAAGAAUAUAGUCAAAUUAUUGACAAUAUAAAGAAAUCCCAAGAAUUUUCAACAUCUAUCAAAUCAUUCUUGCCAGAAAAAGAAGGUGAAGAAGUAACCAAUAAAUCAGAAUUAUAUAACCAAAUUUUGAAUGUUUCUACUAGUGAAAUUUUAAAACAAUUAACUGAAAAAGAAUUUGAACCAACAUUUUAUUUGUUGAUUUAUAUUUUAAUUCAACUUUCCAAUCAAACCGAAGUUUUAGAUAAUGAAAAAUCACCAAUUUUCCAAACCUUAUUAGAAAUCAAUCCUCAACAACCACCAUCUUUAAGAGAUAGAAAAUCAAUUAAAUCUACUUCGAUAUUAUCUAUAUUAAGUACAAUUUUCAAUUUAUUACCAGUUACUUCCAACACUAGAGUUUUCAUUUUGAAAACAAUUUUAAACGUUAUUAAAACAUCAGGAAUUGAUUUCAAUUUGAUUCAAGAUAAUAUUGGAUCAAAUUUAAUUAAUUGGUUGAAAGAAACUAACACCAAUGAACAAGAAAUUAAAUCUAUAUUUUGGGAAUUUAUUAAAUUAGAUGGGACAUUUAAUGAAAAUUCAUUGAAAUUAAUUAAAAAUUUCACUCAUACUAAUACUUUAUCAACUCAAGAAUUACGUGAAUUAAUUUAUAUUGCAUUAUCUUCUAAAACUGUUGAUGUAUCAUUUUUGGUUAAUAAUAAUGUUGCUCAAGCUUUAUCCAAUAAUAAACAUGAUGAUAAAUUGGUCACUAUUUUCAAUAAAUAUAUUCAUGGAGAAAUUAUACCAAUUGAAGAAAUUCCAAAUGGUUUACCUGGACAAUUUAUUCAUUCCAAAUCGAAAAUUUUGUCUUUGGCCAAAUUUUUCGCUGAUGCUUCAACCUCUUCUUCAAGUCAUGAUGGUGUUAUUUUCAAAUAUAAUGAAAUACCAAAUAUUAAAUCUAGUUUAGAAUUUGAACAAACUUUAGUUGAAGCAAUUAAAGCUGGUGUUAUUGAAGGUAAAGUAAAUCAAGUUGAAGAAACUUUUUAUUUGAGCAGAGUCAAUAGAUUUAUAUUAGCUGGUGAAGAUAAUACUAAGAAUUGGGAAAAUGUUAAAUUAGUAUUAAAACAAUGGCAAAAUUCAUUAAACGAUAUUAAUAAUAUUGUUAAAACUGCUAGAGAAAACAUUGUUAACAACAAUACUGAUUAA